AUGUCAGAUCCAAUCGUAACGUCUUCCAAGAUGGAGAAGACUGCCGAGUUCGAAGUAACGGAUUCGGCCUUACGUGAUAACUUUAAUACAUCAACAACAGCAUCAUUUUCCCCAGAGGUAAAAGAACAUUCCGAGGAAUCUAGAAGUGGGUUAGUCCAUAGGUUUGUCGAUUCAUUCAGAAGGGCUGAGAGCCAACGCCUAGAAGAUGAUAAUGAUUUGGAGGAUGGUACCAGGUCUAUGAAAUCCAAUAACCAUUUGAAAAAAUCGAUGAAAUCUAGACAUGUCGUCAUGAUGUCUCUAGGAACAGGUAUAGGCACAGGUCUGCUGGUCGCCAACGCCAAAGGUCUGAAGCUUGCCGGCCCGGGAUCUUUAGUCAUUGGUUAUGUCUUGGUCUCCUUCGUCACAUAUUUCAUGGUCCAGGCAGCUGGUGAAAUGGGUGUUACCUAUCCCACGCUUCCGGGCAAUUUCAAUGCGUAUAACUCAAUCUUCGUUUCUAAAUCGUUUGGGUUCGCUACCACCUGGUUAUUUUGCAUCCAGUGGCUGACCGUGCUGCCGUUGGAGUUGAUUACUUCUUCGAUGACCAUCAAGUAUUGGAACGACACCAUUAAUGCUGAUGUGUUUAUCGUCAUCUUUUAUGUGUUUUUAUUGUUCAUCCAUUUCUUUGGUGUUAAGGCUUACGGUGAAACUGAAUUCAUCUUUAAUUCUUGCAAAAUUUUAAUGAUUGCCGGGUUUAUCAUCCUAUCAGUCGUUAUCAAUUGUGGGGGUGCUGGUGUGGACGGCUACAUUGGUGGAAAGUAUUGGCGUGAUCCUGGUUCAUUUGCGGAUGGUAGCAGUGCUACUCGCUUCAAAGGGAUUUGCUUUAUUCUUGUGACUGCGUAUUUCUCCUUUGGUGGUAUUGAAUUGUUUGUUCUUUCCAUCAACGAACAGGCCAAUCCAAGAAAAUCCACGCCCGUGGCUGCCAAGAGAAGUAUUUACCGUAUUCUGAUCAUUUAUUUAUUGACAAUGAUUUUGAUUGGCUUCAAUGUUCCUCACGAUAAUGACCAAUUGAUGGGUUCCGGUAGUUCUGCUACGCACGCAUCUCCUUAUGUGUUAGCAGCCUCGAUCCAUGGUGUCAAAGUGGUUCCACAUAUUAUCAAUGCUGUUAUUUUGAUAUCUGUUCUCUCCGUUGCGAACUCUGCUCUCUACGCUGCACCAAGGUUGAUGUGUUCUUUGGCUCAACAGGGCUAUGCACCAAAAUUUCUAAACUAUAUCGAUAGAGAAGGCAGACCUUUACGUGCCCUAAUAGCGUGCUCUUUUGUAGGUCUAAUUGGUUUCGUUGCUUGCUCUCCACAAGAAGAACAAGCUUUUACAUGGUUGGCGGCCAUCGCAGGGUUGAGUGAAAUUUUUACAUGGUCGGGCAUUAUGCUUUCCCAUAUUCGUUUCAGACUAGCCAUGAAAGCGCAGGGAAGAUCACUUGAUGAAAUUGGCUAUAGGUCCAAUACUGGCAUAUGGGGUUCUAUUUAUGGGGUUCUUUUCAACAUCCUUGUCUUCAUGGCACAGUUCUGGGUAGCACUGUCGCCACCAGGUUCUGGCGGGAAGUGCGAUGUUGAAUCUUUCUUCCAAAGUUAUCUUGCUGCCCCUCUAUGGAUCUUUUUGUAUUUGGGUUACAUGGUCUACACAAGAGAUUUCACCUUUUUGAAUCCGUUGGAUAAAAUUGAUUUAGACUUUCACAGAAGAGUUUACGAUCCUGAAAUAAUGAGACAAGAGGAUGAAGAAAACAAAGAAAGGCUGAGAAAUUCUUCACUAUUUUUCAGAAUGUACAAUAUGUGGUGUUAA